UGAAGUAAAGUCUGAAACCUUUGAAACUUCUGAUUUAUCUAAAUUUGAUUUAGAACAAUUAUAUCAAACUCCUGUAUCUUCUCCUCCUAUUACGCCACUAUUAUUACCUUCAAAUAAUAAUAUAGCAUUACAAGCACAAGAUGUUAACAAUUUAAUUGCUGCUAUCCAAGCACUAGAUAACCAGAUUUAA